AUUUUGCAGUUGCAUAGCUCGGCCUCAUUCAUAAACCUGAGUCACCUGUUUCAACGUGUGACCAAGACUCCAAUACCAUGAUGUCCUCUUCACUCCCGGAGAAGCAGCUCCUGUGCCCGCUCUGCUCGCUCAUCUUCACCGACCCGGUCACCACUCCGUGCGGGCACAACUUCUGCCACGCGUGCCUCCAAAGCGCCUGGGCCAAAUGCGACAACAUGUGCCAGUGCCCCACCUGCGAAAAGACCUUCUCACCGCGCCCGGAGAUCAGCAUCAACACCGCGUUCAAAGAGCUCGCCGAUACGUUCAAAAGCGUGAUCAUUCCGCAGAAAGUUACGCUUCUUAAUUCAGUGCAGCCUGGAGAGAUAACUUGCGAUGUUUGUUUAGCGGGAUCAGUCGAAGUCAAAGCCAAAAAAUCGUGUUUGGUUUGUCUGGCUUCGUAUUGUUCUAUUCACUUGGAGCCGCAUCAGAAAGUGGGCGCUCUGCAGGUGCAUAAGUUGAUAGAGCCGGUGGGGAAUCUGCAGGAGAGGCUGUGUAAGAAGCAUGAUCGGUUACUGGAGAUGUUUUGUAAAGACGAGCAGAAAUGCGUGUGUCGAUUCUGCGUGGAGACGGAGCACAAGAACCACAAGGCCGUGAGUUUAGAAGAUGAGAGCGCAGAGAGGAAGGCUCAAAUGGUGAAGACUGAGGCUGAGUUCAAAAACAUGAUCGAGCAGCGCGUUAAAAAAGUGGAGGAGAUUUCAAACAGCCUUCAGCAAAGAAAGGAGAGUGCAGAUAAGGAGCUGGAACACAGUGACACCCUCUUCACGUCUCUAAUAAACUCCAUUAAAGAAAGACAAACUGAAGUGAAGGAGGCGAUUCUGAAAGAGCAGAGAUCAGCAGAGACUCGAGCAGAACAGCUGACCCAGGAUCUGAAUAGAGAGAUCCAAGAGCUGGAGACCAGGAGACAGGAGCUGGAGGAGCUCCGGGAGUCUGACGACCAUCUGCAGCUCAUACAGCGGUUUCCGUCGGUUACUGUUCCUCCAGUCUCGACAGAUUGGUCUGAGGUCCGGCUUCCCUCAGAGCAGAGCGCGGCGACACUGAGAGACGCUCUGUCUAAACUAAAGGAGACUGUGGACAAACAAAUGGACCUGCUCAGGAACCAAGAACUGAGGAUGGUGCAGAAAUAUGCAGUGGAUGUGGAGCUUGAUCCACACACAGCUCACCCAAACAUCGUGCUCUCCCCAGACGGGAAGCAGGCGGGGCGGGGAGAGCUACUCCACAUCGUCCCUGACAACCCCCAGAGGUUUGACCCAGUCAUCUGCGUCCUCGCCAAGAAGGGUUAUGUGUCGGGGCGCUUCUACUUCCAGGUCUCGGUGGGCUCAAAGACUUACUGGGACCUGGGCGUGGUUCUGGAGUCUGUGAACCGUAAGGGCAUGAUCACAUCGAAGCCCGAGAAUGGGUUUUGGACGGUGCGUUUGCGAGGAGGAGAUGAAUACCGUGCCCUGGACUCCCCUUCGGUCCUUCUGAAGCUCCACACCAGACCUCAGACUGUCGGGGUGUUCACGGACUAUGACCAGGGUACCGUCUCCUUCUACGACGUUGGCUCCAGAACGCUGCUCUACUGCUUCACCGGAUGUGCCUUCGCCGAGAGGGUCUUUCCGUUCUUCAGUCCUGGAGUUUGUGACGAUGGAAAAAACGUAGCUCCUCUAAUUGUCGUACCUGUCAAACCAGAGAGGUAGAGAUGGGCGAAUAGUGACAAAAAAUGAAAUCUCAAUCGCUGGUUUCAGAUGACAUCACAACAUUCCAUAGGCCAAUCAUAUUUAAUAUAGAUGGAGGCAGCUAAAAAUAAUAUUGUCAAAGGUGCACUGUGUAACUUUUCUGGUUGUGUCCAUGGAGAUAUUACUGUUUUGCCUUGAUUAUUCUGCAGUAUGGAAAUAAACUCAAUGCUCGCAAUAGAGACAGGUUAAUGGUCAUAUCUAUGGAGAAGUAAGCCUGCACGUGGGAAGAAUUUAUGUUUUUUAGGGUAACUGAACAAAUGGAAGGGAAAUAUGUUUAAUGCCCUAUUAUGAAACAUUCCAGGCAAAGAAAUAACAUCUCCAUGGAGACAGGGAAGUAGCAAACCCCUCAACCUCAGAAGUUAC